AUGGUGGUGCCAAAUUAUGAAGCUGCAGACAACCGCUCCUAUGCAAAACACAUAUCGAGGCGCACCGACAAAUACAUGAAAAGGAGAGAUAAAAAGGGAAAAAGGAAAAGAAGCAGAACCUUAGACUUCAACAAACUAGAGACACUUCCUUCUGACACAUUCAAACGCUUCAAGUUAAAUGAUCUGUGGCUUGGAAACAACAACUUAAAAAACUUAUCUGAAGAUCUAUUCACUGGGCAAGAUGAGUUAAAAUAUUUGCGGUUGAGUGGCAAUCGGCUGGAGAAGCUGCCUCCAAAAAUUCUUCAAGGAUUGCUCGCCUUGGAGGAACUGGACUUGUCCUACAAUCAGUUGCAGAAUUUUCCUCGAGGGAUACUUAGCACAAAUACCAAGCUGAAAGAAUUGGAUUUGUCAAACAACGAAAUUCAGCAUCUGCCCAUGGAUGUUUUUGGCAACCUUACCCGGAUGGAAAAGCUCUUACUCUCCAGUAACAAACUUCAGCGCUUGCCAAGGUUCAAAAACCUCUCCGAGUUGAAAAUAUUAUACCUGUAUAACAACAGCCUCGUACACCUGUCACCUGAUCAGUUCCAAGGCCUGUCCAAACUGGAAGAACUGGCUGUUUACGAAAACAAUAUUGACUACCUGCCACAUGAAGUUUUUAAAGGCAUGAAAAACAUGAUGUCUAUGAGCUUUUAUUUCAACAAUAUCCGUACCGUUAGCAACGAACAAUUCAAAGAUGUCGCCCCAAGUAUUCGAUUCCUGUACCUCCAUUACAACGAAAUGCGAGAACUACCGGAGGGUUUCUUUACAAACAUGAAGAAUCUAAUAACUGCGACUGUAGACACCAACCUGAUGUGUUGCCAUUUGACGAAGGAGGAUGCAGAUUGCGACUUUGCUUAUGUCGACAGCUUCGCCAGUUGUGAAACUUUGUUCAGAAAUCGAGCUCCCAGGGAGUGCCUCUGGGUGAUUGGAAUUAUGUCGUUGGUUGGUGCUGUGUUUGUCAUUGUGUGGCGGUUGGUGUUUAGGGAGACGAAGAAGAAAAACAAGAUACAGUCCAUCAUGUUGAUACAUUUGGCUGGGUCCGAUGGACUUAUGGGUGUCUACCUCCUAACUAUAGGUGUGGUGGAUGCCAUUUGGGCAGGGGAGUAUUAUUUGCAUGACUAUUACUGGCGUUCAAGUUUGACAUGUCAGGUAACAGGUGCCAUUGCCGUGUUGUCAAGUGAGGUGUCUGUAAUGACGAUUUGUUUGCUCUCCGCCGACCGGAUGAAGAAUGUUCUGUUCCCCUAUCGGGGAAAGUCCCUUACACUUAAGGUUACGCACCUUUUGUGCUUCCUUAUCUGGAUUGUUGGUGGCAUAAUUGCAUUUAUUCCCACGGUGGGCUUCGACUACUUCGGUAGUCGCCAGAAAGGUCAUCACUUUUAUGGCAGAUCAGUUGUAUGUCUGCCAUUGCAGCUUUCCACAGAUAAGCCGUCGGGCUGGGAGUACUCUGUUGCCAUGUUUGUGGGUUUAAACUUUACCCUUGUGCUCUUUGUCGUUGUGGCAUAUGCGAUGAUAAUCUAUAAGUCCUGCGCAUCAAACAGGCGCAUGGCUAAGCAAGGGACCGAAAGAGAGAGGAGAAUGAAAGCCAAGGCAAGGGCAGCCGAUCUAAGGAGGGAGGCCUCGCUCGCCAAAAGAGUGUUCUUCAUUGUUCUUACCGACUGUGUCUGCUGGCUGCCUAUUGUGGCGAUUGGAAUGAGGUCUCUCUUGGAAAAAUCCUUCCGUACACCUGGUGACCUCGCAGUUUGGAUCGCAGUCUUUGUUCUACCGGUGAACUCUGCCAUCAAUCCCAUUCUUUACACCUUGUCUACCCCACAGGUCCGAGGAGUCAUCAGAGCCAAACUCCAACCAUUGUGGGAUUAUCUGGUGGCAAAACUCGGCCGAAAUCAAGAUGUUGAAGUUCAAGAUCAGGGAAUAGAGAUGAGAGUCAUCGAAGAAGUACAAAACCAAGAGGAAGUGGGGAGCACUGACGAUAGUGAGGAUGAAUCGCAAGAAGAACAAGGAGAUGGUGAGCACCAUGCAAGAUCAGAAGGCAAUGAACAACCUUUUCCCAGAGAUGAACAAGCUUUGAACGUGAACAAGACGAAGAACGAAAACAAGGCCCAGAAGAAGCGACUGAACAGCAGGAAGUUGAACGUGAACAAGACGAAGAACGAAAACAAGGCCCAGAAGAAGCGACUAAACAAAACAAAAGAAGAAGCCGCUGAACAGCAGCAAGUUGAACGUGAACAAGACGAAGAACCAAAACAAGGCCAAGAAGAAGCGACUGAACAGCAGGAAGUUGAACGUGAACAAGACGAAGAACCAAAACAAGGCCCAGAAGAAGCGACUGAACAGCAGGAAGUUGAACGUGAACAAGACGAAGAACGAAAACAAGGCCCAGAAGAAGCGACUAAACAGCAGGAAGUUAAACGUGAACAAGACGAAGAACCAGAGCGAGAAGAAGAACCCACUGAACAGCAGCAGGUUGAAUCUAAAAGAAACGAAGCACCAAAAGAUGACCAUGAAGAACCAACUACAGAGCAGGAAGUUGAACAAGAUCAUCAAGCAGAUUCAAAGGGAAACAAAGAAGUAAGUGAGACGCAACGAGAAAAACAGGAGCUAAAUGAAGCCGAUGAAAAACCUGAGCGAAAGCUGAAAGGAGACGACCAGGAAUCCAAACAACAGGGCACUCAACAACAAGAAGAAAAAGAACCGAACGUCGACCAUGCAGGGCCUGAUGAGCUAAAGGAUGCAAGUAAAGAGAAGAACAAGUCGAAAAGAAAUGAAAACGAAAGUGAACAGCAACAAGAGGAAAAUGAACAAGAUGAGCAGGAGAAAGAAGAACACCCUGAAGAAACCGAAAAGCAGCAAGCUGAUUGUGAUCAAGAAGAACGAGAACAAGACCAUAAGGAUCCUAAACUCGAGCAAAUUGGACAAGAAAAACCAAAAGGAGACGAUGAAGAUUCUAAGAAAGAGCAACUGGAUUAUGAACAACCAAAAGAAGACCAUGAAGGACCUAUGAAAGACCAACUGCAGCAAGGAAAACCAAAAGGAGAGAAUCAGGAACCUAAACAAGAGCAACUGGAAACUGAAAAGCCAAAAGGAGAGUAUGAAAAACCCAACCAAAAGCAACUGGAAGACGAGAAGUCAAAAGGAGCAUGUGGGGACUCCCCACAGCAGGCUGAUGAGUCCGCGGAAGAUAAAUCUUCACGACAGCAGCAGCUGAUUGCAGACGAAGGAGAUUACGAAGAAGAUGAUGCGGUACUGGAUACACGUCUGUAAUUGCUAGCAUUGACUCAUCAAGUCCUUUUUAGUUCUAGUUAUCGUUUUAGUAAUAGAAAGGUUACAUACCGUUAUAUCAUUAAAAUGACGUAUUUAUUUAACCAAGAGCAUUAGAGGAUAACUCAUAUAAGGUAUUACAGUGACUAGUGCGUGCCCGCAAUGUUUGUUUUCAUUAUUUGAUAGUCUGAGUUGUCGUAGACAAGUACAAACAGCUACAAGAGAAAGGAAGUUAGUAUGGUAUGCUAAAUAGAUAAUCGUGAAAGCAUAUUUACGGCCGUGUUGCGCUUCCAGUGUCGUCAGAGGUUUCCGCAACUGAUUUUAUUUCAAUAUGAUUAGGUUUAUUAGUACUUAUAAACAUGAUUUAACUAUCUACUCAGCAUUCAGUUGCAUCUAUUACUCAU